UGCAAUUUCUCCUAAACGCACUCUUCUUCAAAUAGUGAUUGUGGUGUUUUAUCGGUGUUAAGACAGGAUGGGUUUCGGUCAAAAAAUUCUAGUCCCUCUAGUCCUUAUAGAAAUGUCCCUACUGGUUACAUCCAGAAUAAUAUAUGACCAUCAGCAAGAAGAUAAUCACGAAGGGCAACAAGUUCAAUACACCAAUUACUAUGGUCACGAAGAGUCUGCCACAACAGCACAUUUCCAACAACCCGUCCAGUUUCCCGAGGAACAUAGCCAAGGUUUGCACAAAGAGGAACACAUCGAUUAUUACGCACCAGCCAAGUAUUCCUUCAAAUAUGGAGUCAACGACUACCACACUGGCGAUAUAAAAAGCCAACACGAAUCCAGAGACGGAGAUACUGUCAAAGGCCAAUACACACUUGUAGAACCCGACGGAUCUAUCAGAACUGUAGACUACACUGCUGACAAACACAGUGGAUUUAACGCAGUAGUGCGCAAAUCAGGUCCCACAAAACACAUAGAAGGAAGGCAUCUGGAACACCAACCCGAAGAAGAGCAACAUAUACCUCAGCAUCAUUUGGCAGAAGAUCAUGUUUUACCGCAGUAUCAACUGGAACACCAACAGGCUUUGGAAGAAGAUGUUGAAGAAGGACAUCUGGAAGCUGAAGAUGCUAGUCAAUAUGAAGAAGAAGAGCAUUAGGUGUUAUAUUAAGUUUAAGGACGUAAUGGUUUGUAAAUAAGCGAACUCAAAGAUUAAAGUAGUAUCUUUUAAAAUUAUUGGAGAAAAUAAGAAUUUUUGUUUGUAAGAAAAAGUAUCAUCAUCAACUAUAUUUUUUUAUAACACUUUUAACAUUUUGGGAACGUAAUAUUCGAAUUUAUACACUCACAGACAAAAAUCUUGCAUAUUUUGAAAUUAUGGUGUGAAAUAAAUUUUUUUGUGCUGCCCGCAGUGUCAUAGAAAUAUGAUUUCUUUCCCGAAUGCCAUGUUUUAAUGUAUGUAAUGUAGAUCAUAUAAAUGGUAUAAUCGGAUUUAAAUUUAAUAUGGGUUAUAUGGUGGCCAAUAUAAUUUUUAAAUUGAAUCUCAUCAAGGUAAAUAUUCACUAUUUUACCGACAUGAAGAGCUGCGUCAUGGUGCAUUAACACGAAUUUGUUAUCCAAUGGCUGGCCAAUGGCCAAUGGUAAAACAUGAUCUUCUGAAAUGUUUUUAAUGUGAAUAUCAGCUGUCAUUCACCCAUUCACCUCCACAAGUUCGGUAUCUCCUUUCCAAGAAAUACCACUCCAUAGCAUUAUGCCGCCACCACCAAAAUUAACACUCUAUAUUUUAUGAGGUUACAUCUUGCAUACCGUUCACCAUGUGGAAGCAAGAUUUACAAAAUUUCGUCUGCAGAAGAGUUGUUGUCAGUAGUUGUAACCUCAUACAGAGCGUUAGUUUUGGUGGUGGCGGCAUAGUGCUACGGAGCGGUAGUGCUUUGAAAGGAUACACCAAACACGUGAAGGUGAUUAGGCGAAUGCCUACUGAUAUGUACCUACAUUGAAAAUAUUUUAGAAGAUCAUGUUUUGCCAUUUGAAAGCCAUAUUUAUUAAAUAUGUCAUAUUGGUGCUAAUGCACGUCUUCACGUCGCUAGCAUAGUGAAUACUUACCUUGAUGAGAUUCAAUUUAAAAAUUAUUCUGGCCAGUAUUAAGCCCAGAUCCGAUCUAAAUCCGAUUAUAGCAUUUAUGUGAUACUUUAAAACAUCGCAUUCGGAAAAGAAAUCAUAUUUCUAUGAUACAGGGCAUUUCUAUCUAUGUUAAAAUACAAUAUUCUAAAAUAAUCGGGAGUGGUCGGCCGAUCUCUAGUCGUUGCAUGGCUUGGUUUCUGGCCACUUCGCACACUUCGGCAGAAUUCUCUCGAAUAUUAUUCCGAGUUGGAACCGUUAUUUGAGGUCAAGCGAAAUUAACUUUUCCGUUACAAUAUACCUAUAUUUGUUAAUACAUAUUUAAUAUUUUCUAGCAUAGUUAUUGUGAGAAACUGAGUGUAUUUAAAAUUAAAAAAUACCCACGAAACUUUUACCGAAAACAUGUAUUGAUUUCUCCCAUAAUUUUAACGAUAGAGUACUGAAUGUUGUAACAUAUCCUAUAUUUAAGUUAUUUAUAAUAAACUUAUGUUUUACCCUCAAGAAAUGGAUUGAAGGUGAAAUAGAAGUUAAACCCGUUAUAGUAUUUUUGUAUUUUUAAUUGUAGUUUAAUAUUUAUAUUACAAAAGGAGUAUUUCAUUAUCUAGGUAUUUUAUAUACUUUUGGCAUAUUUUGUUAUUAAAAAUAAUAUAAAAUUUC